AGUGAUGCUUGUUUUGUAUAUUAAUGUCAGUUGUAUGUAGCAGACGGUCGUGAGAUUGAAGUAUGUAUUAUUCUGCUUUAUUUGUGUAUUUCGGAAACUUUAUAUCAAUGUCAAUGGAGUGCCCAAAUUUGUGUUCUAUGUGUGACAUCUCCGAACAGUGCAUUGAAUGUACAACAGGUCGUUGGGGUACAAUAAUAAAUUGCGUACAUCCUUGUCCAGCCACAUGCGACGGUGCUUGCCACGACCACGACGGGUCCUGCUCGAAGUGUAAGCUCGGGUUUUGUGGAAAAUUUUGUCAGCUGUCAUGUGAGCCAAACUGUGAUGGAGAGGAGUGUCAGUUAAUUAGUGGUGAAUGUGUUUGUCAGACAAAGUCUCACACGACAGGAGCUGAAUGGACUACAGGAAAGACGAAUGAGCGUUGUCCGCUAGGAAACUAUGGACCAUUCUGUGACAAGAAGUGUUCUGUUGGAUGUGUAAACGGAAAUUGUAGAAUGACAGAUGGCGGAUGUGUCCAUGGAUGUGUAAAUGGGUACCAAGCGACAGAAAUAGGAUGUAUACCUGCUUUAUCGGGAAAUGAUUCGGAGGAGUCUGAAAGUUUAUCAACCGCAGAGACACUAGCCAUUCCUGUAUCAUGUUCAGUCAUGGCUUGCUGCGUUGUGGUAGUAAUAGUCGCCAUUGUGUGUUACAGAAGAAGCAGAAUACAACAGUGUGAUACAAAAAACGUGAAAGGGCAAAGGACUGUGACGCAGCUACAAUCUGGUAUAUCGACCGGAAGUUGUCGGAGUGCGAUUGCUCUCCCGAGUAUCCCGCCCAGGGAGCCUUCUACGAGGUACGUCAGAACAGACGGCCCCGUUCCAAAGCCAGCAGAUGUAUGCACGAUCCCAUGCUCACAAAGAGGAGCUAAUGACUAUGUCGCUGAUCCAGUUAACCUGUACGAAGAACCUGUUGGAAUAUCGCAUUCGCGAAGGCGGGAAUUGGCAGAUGCUGAAGCGGCAAUAAUGUGCUGUGCGCGUGAUAUUCCGUCGGAACCGGGAAUGCAAGUUUCAAACCAAAAAGUUCAGUUCAUUACAGACGAAACUGUCGAUUACAUCCAUUGUGUCGCAGACAAUGACGAAGCUAUUUAUAACGAAAUUCCCUUUUAGUUUUAAUAUUAUAUUUAAGGAAAAUACUCAGAAAGAUCAUACAUGAAAUGCUAACUCUUGACAGUUCUUUUGUUGUUGAUAUACCAUUCCAUUAUUUUUAUAUUGCAAGUUUACUUAUUGACUUACAUAACAUUACUACACAUGAGUUUUAUACACUGAAGUGUAACUGUGAGACAUUUAGUUAGUUAAAAAGCUUCAAGCUCCGUGCAACAAUCAUGAAUAUGUGAAAAGAACGCCCAUGCCAAAUAGUUUGCUUAGGAUGCUAUUGUAUAUGUUGAAUUUAAGCUGAAUUCAUUGAAUCAAAUACACUUAAGUUCGUCUGUGUGCGGUCACCUCUCAGAUUGAUCUUCGACACGUGUAACUAUUUGCUCAAUUUAAUUCCAUUAAGAGCCGGGUAUUCUCAGUUUGUUUAACUCAAUACUUAUUCAUGGAUUCACUUCUCAACCUAAACCUGAAGUGGUUAUCCAAGCCAACUAAUAUGAAUAUCAACCACACCGUGUUGGAAAGAAAUCUGUUGCAGAUGAUCAUCAUAUUGAACAUAUUUGCGUACUGUGUAUCAGUUAACAAUCGAAAAUACGUUUGAAUGAGAUUUUUUUAAAUCGAUAUCAUACGUGUAUACUUGCUUAUCUAGAAACUGAUGAUUUUGUUUAAAAACAGACACAAUGGAUUACCAAAUUGUAUUGACUUUCUUUAACUAAUAACUAAUAACUAAAAUGGAUGACGUUAUCGUUGACGGAAUUUCAGUAUCUAACAUAUCUGUGGCCCAAACAGCUAUUCAUUUCAUGACGAGAAACGGCAAUGCAAACAUUUCGGAAGUGAUAUCAUCAACGCCUAGAGAGAAAGAUGAACGUGGUGCAAUGCUGUUCGUAAUAGCUACCAUAUGCGUUUACAGUUUAGGCAUAAUUGCAUUCAUUGCUGGACACAUCUAUAAACGUCGAUAUCGUAAACUGUCGAUUACAUCCAUUGUGUCGCAGACAAUGACGAAACUAUUUAUAACGAAAUUCUCUUUUAGUUUUAAUAUUAUAUUUAAGGAAAAUACUCAGAAAGAUCAUACAUGAAAUGCUAACUCUUGAUAGUUCUUUUGGUGUUGAUAUACCAUUCCAUUAUUUGUAUAUUGCUAGUUUACUUAUUGACUUACAUAACAUUAUUACACAUGAGUUUUAUACACUGAAGUGUAACUGUGAGACAUUUAGUUAGUUAAAAAGCUUCAAGCUCCAUGCUACAAUCAGGAAUAUGAAAAGAACGCCCACGCCAAAUAGUUUGCUUAUGAUGCUAUUGUCUAUGUUGAAUUCAUGCUGCAUUCAUUGAAUAAAAUACACUUCAGAUCGUCUAUGUGUGGUCACCUCUCAGAUUGACCUUCGACACGUGUUUGCUCAAUUUAAUUCCAUUAAGAGCCGGGUAUUCUCAGUUUGUUUAACUCAAUACUUAUUCAUGGAUUCACUUCUCAACCUAAACACAAUUGAAGUGGUAUCCAAACCAAGUUGUAUGAUUAUUAAUCACACAGUGUUGGAAAAAAACCUGUUGCAGAUGAUCAUCAUGUUGAAUAUAUUUGCAUACUGGCUAUAUAAGUUAGCAAUUGAUAAUACGUUUGAAUGAGUUUCUUUUAAAUCAAUAUCAUACGUGUAUACAUGUGUUUAAAUCAUAUUGCUUAUCUAGAAACUGAUGAUUUUGUUUAAAAACAGACACAAUGGAUUACUAAACUUUAGUUAAUUUCUUUAAGUAAUAACUAAAAUGGAUGAAGCUAUCGUUGACGGAAUUUCAGUAUCAAACAUAUCUGUGGUCCAAACAGCUAUUCAUUUCAUGACGAAAAACGCCGAUGCAAACAUUUCGGAAGUGAUAUCAUCAACACCAAGGGAGAAAGACGAACGUGGUGCAAUGCUGUUCGUAAUAGCUACCAUAUGCGUUUACAGUUUAGGCAUUAUUGCAUUCAUUGCUGGACACAUCUAUAAACGCCGAGAUCGUAAACAGUUGGAUGUACAGAUCGCCGACUACUUAUCGUCUGUGUAUGAGGUGAAACUGGAACGCUUGAAACGCUUGGAGCACGUUUACCGCACCACGUUGAUGCUUGAUGACAACGGUUAUUGCUUACGAGAUGAGAAUAGCAGUGUAAAACCGAAUGUCGUGCAUAAGAAGGCGAUUCAUUGCGCCCCAUCGGAUAUCGAGCUGACAACUUCCAUUGUGGCGGUUUGAGAUGCAGCCGACAUUAAUGCAGCUUCAGAUGACGACAUAACUACUGUAGACGAAAGCUGCCUUACGGAAGUUUGACCAUAACAUAUCUAUUUUUAAGCUAAGCUUUUAUUAAGGGAUUUCAUUAUCUUAAGUCAAUAAAAUUGACCCGAUAUGAAUAAGUAGACAUCUUAAUUAAAAUAAUAUACAAACAAAAUAAACACAGUAUUAUGUCCUUUUCAGCAAGAAAGCAUAUGAAUGAAGUUGUCACAUGAGUGUUGUUAGUAAUCCACUUGUAACGUCAAGUGGGUGUAGGUCAGUGUAAGAAUCAUUGCUGUAUAACGAUGUGAAAUAUUACAUUUUGUCAAUACUUUUAAUUAUUUAUCCAUCAACAUGUUAUUUCAGGUUUAUGAAUAUUAUGUUUCUAAAUAGUUAUCAUUUGAUACAUUAUAUAUUUGUUAUAUAUUUAAAACAAAACAUCCAUAUGUUGAGAUGAAUCCAUCAUUUUGCAUCAUUUUGCAAUACUAUUGCAGUAAACACUUUAGCAGGCAUUAAAUUACAGGAUAUUGUUUAUUUUUAAGUCUAUAUGAAUGUAAUCGUUCAAGUCGGGCACGCUCGGACGAACGAUUUUUUUUAUCUAGAAGUCGAAAUAAUUAAUAACGUAUAUAAUGGUUUAAAUUAUUUUGUUACUGACAAAGUCCUGCUUUUUUAUCUGUAGUAGUUUUUUUUAUUUUACUCUCCUAUCACUGAACAUGUGUUUGCCUAUGCGACAGUAAAUUAAGUAUUUUGUCAAUUGCAUAUCAUUCACCGUAUUAUACGUAGAUUACCCGUUUACUUUUACAUCACUGUUCUAUUAUCAGUGCAACUUUUCAUGCUUCUGGUUGAAUGAUACUCAUUACUCAAAUAACAUAGCUAGGCAAACUAUAAAGUAUACUGUCAUCCCAUUGGUUUAAAACAUUAAACAUGAUAUAAA